UAUGAAAUUCAUCGAUGGUACGCACAACCGAUGAUAGCAAAGGGCCAAAUGAUCCAGCCUAUUAUAGAUCCUCAUCAUCUGUUUGUCAAUAAUAGGGCAAGAUGUUGUUCUAAAGGUAUUUCUGGUAUGGGAGUCAGCAGUGAAGCUUGGUGGAAAGUAGCUGGGAAUUGCACAGAAAACGGCACAGGUCUAUCAUUGGAGAUAGCUAAGGAACUUCGUGACAAACAAAAAAAUUCUUAUGCGCAGACCACUUUCAGCGAAAAAGUACAAUUUGAAAUGAUGAAAAAUGGAGAUUAUACAGAGGCUGAAUGGUGUAGACUGAUUCGAAAUUGGUAUGCAGCUAUCGAUGAGGGUGGUAUGUGUAUAGAGAAACGUAUUGAAUGCUUACUAGCGAUGAGGGAUAAAUUACUGCCAUAUUUACAUGUUGGUCACUUUCCGCCGCCAGGAGCAUAUGUAGCCUCUCUUCCAAUGGCCCAGUUUGAAGGGAUACUGAGCAAUGUUGACAGGCGAUUGCAGCUGUAUGGAAUGGUACAACGAGGAAGUUAUAACCAAAGAGCUGUUACCAGCCUGGACUCAGAAACAUUUUUUUCAGGGUUUCAGGACUAUGACCCAAAGGGGACUGGUGUGUUGAGACCAGAUGAUAUACCAACAGCUUUAGGUGCAGCAGUGUGUUUGUUCAGUCAACGAAUGGAUUCUAACAGAAAAUUUUAUAUGAAGACGUCCAAGAAAACAAGAGUUUAUCCAGAACAAAGUCUCAGUCAAAACUGUAGCGCCGAUGGAGAAAUGGAAGAAACUGAGUUGUACAACUGUUUCAAUACUCGUAUCAUUAAAAUAAAAUCAAACCAAUUUGAUCUCCCUGAAAGAAAAGCUGUUAAUCCCAAAAGAAAAUGUGGAAGAAUUUCUUCAUUUGGUGUCCCUAGUAGAGGUGCAGAAGGAGCACGAUCUCACCACAAGACAAAUGAGGAAAAGAUAUUAGCGCAUAGACGAUAUGGAAUUUCUGAUGACAAUAUAGAUUUAAAAAAUUAAUUGCUGCUGUCCAAUUGAAUCUGUAAUGAAAAUGAAAAAUAACCACACACAUGUCAAUUUCUUCAUCUGUUAUUUAAUGCAUUUUUUAUGUACAUUAUUUAAUGUUUU